UUGAUACUGGGAAACACAUCCCAUAAAUGCCUACAUAUGGCAAUCCCGGAAUGGAAUUAAAGCGGUGAACAAGGCAAAUAAAACGAAAACGCUCCCUUUAUGCGUUUUCGACCAAAAUCUCUGUGUGUUUCGUGUUCGAACUCUCUAGGGUUUCGAGUUUGUCCGCUCUGAAAUCGAAAAGGGGCUUUUUUUUCAGUGGAAAAUGACUACUGCGUUCCUUCCUCUCUCUCCUUCUCGCACCACUUGCGGCUCUCUCCUCCACGAAUUGCAGAUAAUAUGGAAUGAAAUUGGAGAGAAUGAUAGUGACAGGGAUAAGAUGCUUCUAGAGUUGGAGCAAGAAUGCCUGGAUAUUUACCGUCGAAAGGUUGAAAAGACUAGAAAGUACCGGGCUGAUUUGCAUCAAUCAUUGGCUGAUGCAGAAGCUGAGAUUGCCAACCUUGUUUCUGCUCUUGGAGAACAUUCCUCUUUUUCCACGGGAAAAGGCACUCUGAAGCAGCAGAUGGCCGCAAUAAAACCUCUGUUGGAUGACUUGAGGUUGAAGAAAGAGGAACGAAUCAAGGAAUUUUCUGAAAUCCAAUCACAGAUAACCCAAAUUUGUGUGGAAAUAGCUGGAAGUGGUCAAUCCGCUAAUUCUGAUGAUCGACAGGUGAAUGAAACUGAUUUGACUGUGAACAAGCUGCGGGAGUUCAAGUCACACCUCCAGGAACUUCGGAAAGAAAAGAAUUUGAGGUUGCAAAAGAUUAACAGCCAUAUUUGUAUCAUCCAUGAGCUUUCAGUUGUGUUGUCAACAGAUUUCAUUAAAACAGUUGGUGAUGUUCAUCCAAGCUUGUGUGAUUUGUCAAAUAAUAAAUCAAGGAGCAUUAGCAAUGAAACCCUUGCUAGAUUAACUAGUGUGAUUCACUCACUUAAGCAGGAGAAGCAAGAAAGGCUGCAAAAGCUUCAACGUCUUGGGUGCACAUUGAUGGAGCUAUGGAACCUCAUGGACACACCCCUUGAAGAACGAAGGAAAUUUGACCAUGUUCCCAGAUUAAUUUCUUCCUCUCUUGAAGAUGUGUCAGUGCAAGGUUGCCUUGCACUUGAUGUCAUCGAGCAGACUGAGAUUGAGACGGAAAGGUUGAAUAUUCUAAAAGCCAGUAAAAUGAAGGAGUUGGUGUUUAAGAGGCAAAAUGACCUUGAAGAAAUCUAUAGAGCGGUUCAUAUGGAUGUUGAUAGUGAUGCAGCUCGACAGAUUCUUAUUGGCAUCAUUGAUUCUGGUAAUGUUGAUCUGGCUGAGCUGCUUUCUGGCAUGGAUGACCAGAUCACCAAAGCCAAAGAGCAGGCUCUAAGUCGGAGGGAUAUCUUAGAAAAGAUAGAGAAAUGGAAGUAUGCAUGUGAAGAAGAGAAAUGGCUUGACGAAUACGAAAAGGAUGAAAAUCGGUAUAGUGCAGGCAGAGGGGCACACAAAAAUCUGAAACGUGCAGAGAAAGCACGAAUGUUGGUCAGCAAAAUAUCAUCCAUUCUGGAAAAUUUGACUGCAAAAGUGAGAGCCUGGGAACGGGAGAGAGGAAUACCAUUCUUGUAUGACAAGGUUCCCCUUCUAAGCACAUUGGAGGAAUAUAGUUUGUUACGCCAGCAGAGAGAAGAGGAGAAGCGUCGCUCUCGGGAGCAGAAACGGCUACAGGAACAAUUAACUGCAGGACAAGAGGCAAUUUAUGGAUCAAGGCCCAACGUAAAGAGGCCACUGGGUCAAAACACCAGUACUAAUUCCAUGGGAACACCACUUGGUCGCCGUUUGACAACUCCCGGUCGGCCUGGAAUAUCCACCGGAAAGGAACGCAGGGAAAGUGGCAGAGUCCAUAACAUCACCCCUGUGAACUAUGUUGCUCUUUCCAAGGAUGAUUGAAGUCUCAUGGGUAAUGAGCUUAGCUGCUUUCUUCAAUUGUCCCUUGUUACAAUGCUUGUUCCCCCCUUUCCAUUUCGAGACCAAGCUAAGUAGGGAUUGGAUAGAUAUAAUGCCCGGUUUUCCUCUUUUUUGUGCUGUUGCAAAUAUCCUAAAUAGAAUUUAUGCAUUUAUCUUUUAGACGCUAAAAAGUGCAAAGAUGAUUUAGCUUGAGUAGAAUUUGUAAAUGAGUGGAGAAAUUUUCUUCUUGUGUAAAUUGGAGACUUUCCGUGGUAGAUCACAUUUCACUA